AUCAAAAGAAGAAGAAUGUCGUCUUCACGUGUCACGGAUUUCCUUCUCUACACCAAAUCACAAAAGAAGAAGAGAAUUUCUUGUCCAAUCAGAUUGCAAAACGUCGGAACGGGGACAAGAACGGUUGUACCUCUAUACGGAAGCACUGUUGGGUCAUUAAUGCAGAGGUUGACCAUGAUGAUGUUCGGUCAGUUCGUGCUGUUGGUUCUGAUCGGCGGAGCCAUGUCUGCGGAGGUCCAACGUCCCCGCGGUGUCCCCUUGUCAAAACGCCAGUUUUAUGAAGAGGACAAACCUUUUACAUGUCUGGAUGGAUCCCGAACUAUUCCCUUUGACAGAGUAAAUGACGACUACUGUGACUGUGUGGAUGGUUCUGAUGAGCCAGGUACUGCUGCUUGCCCCAAUGGCAACUUCCACUGUACUAAUGCAGGUUUUAGACCAGCCUUCAUCCCUUCCUCCCGCGUCAAUGAUGGAAUAUGUGAUUGCUGUGACACUACUGAUGAGUACAACAGUGGUGUUGACUGUCAAAACACCUGCAGGGAGUUGGGUCGCAAAGAGAAGGAAGAACUGCAGAAGAUAGCAGAAAGCAAAGAAGGCUUUAUGUUUAAAAAACAGCUUAUCCAGGAGGCCAAACAGGGACUAGAGGACAAGAAGAGUAAACUUGGAGAUAUACAGAACAGUAAGAAAGACCUGGAAGCAAAGGUUGAAGCACUGAGAACAGUUAAGGAGACUGCAGAGCAACCAGAGAAAGAAGCGAAAGAGCGCCAUCUGAAGGCUUGGGAAGAUCAAAAAGCUGUCAUUCGUAUGGAGAAAGACAUGGCUAGGAUGGCCGACGUAUUUCUUGAACUGGAUGAUGAUGACGAUGGCUUUGUGUCAGUGGUUGAACUUCAGUCUCAUUCUGAGCUUGAUCCAGAUUCUGAUGCAUUAUUCACAGAAGCAGAAGCUCAGGUUUUGUUAGGUGGUGUGGACAAAGUGGACACAGGAGCAUUUGAGACUGUCUGGAAUAAUAUUAAAGAAAAAUAUGUUUCUGAGUCCACUGCAGACGUCCCUCCACCCGGGGAAACCACACAAGAGGAAACCCGAGACACAUCCUCUGACAAUGACUCUGAAAACUACCCUGAUGAGGACAUCCCAGAGGAAGACGACGAUGAUGAAGAUAUGGAUGAAGACGAUGAAGAUAUGGAUGAAGGAGAUUAUAAGCCCCCUCCAACGUCGCGAACCGAUGACAAGAAGGAGGAUGAUGAAGAGGGCGCUAUGCCACCCUAUGACCAAGAAACACAGACUCUCAUUGAUGCUGCUCAGAAAGCCAGGGAUGAGUUCAAUGAGGCAGAAAAGGCUCUGCGGGAGGUGGAAGAUCAAAACCUUGAGAAGGAAAUCUCUUUUGACUUUGGACCCAGUUCUGAGUUUGCUUACCUCUACAGCCAGUGUUAUGAACUGACCACUGGCGAGUAUGUCUACAGACUUUGUCCCUUUAACAGAGUGUCGCAGAAACCCAAAUUUGGUGGAUCAGAGACUAAUUUAGGAACAUGGGGUAAAUGGGCAGGUCCUGAGGAUAACAUCUACUCUGCGAUGAAGUACGAACAUGGAACUGGGUGUUGGCAAGGCCCCAACAGAUCCACCACUGUUAAGUUAACAUGUGGAAAGGAAACUGUUGUGACAUCGACAUCAGAGCCGAGUCGAUGUGAAUAUCUCAUGGAGUUCACCAGCCCUGCUAUCUGCCAGGACCCCACAAGCUCUGAUUCAGGACAUCCUGACCAUGAGGAGCUCUAGAAGCUCUUUAGCUAACGCUGUGAAGGGACCACAGUCAUUGCAGCGAAAAUGUUUCCAGUCUGCUUGCUGUUCCGCCUCUCUCUACUUUCUUUGUAAUAGUUACGGAAAUUCCAAGGAGAAGUGAAAUUAUUGUAAUCGGCACGUCUUAUCUUCCACUCCUGCAAGGUGUGCUCACAUUAGUUUUUAAGUCAGAUGUAUUGCAUUCCACUUUGAUCAAAUAAAGUUGUUUUAGCCAUAUCUCACCCUGGUUGGAACUCUCUCAACCAGUAAAUGUCUUCUGUCAUAUGAUUUUCAUAAACUUUACCUACAUUUGAUCAAUUUGCCUGCUAAUAAACUUAGUUCAAAAUUCA